AUGUCUCAUCAUGCUUGCAGGGACCACAGCGCUCAUCAGAUUCCCUGCGGUUACUUGCACUGCGAAUGCCACUCCAAAACUCAGGCAGGGUGCACAAAGCACUGGAAUGCUUUGCAUCCGACAUUCACCUCAGCUCCUACCACUAGUGUCUCUUACUCGGCUACAGUCGAAGAUGAGCCAGAAGAACCACAUGACAACUUCUUCGCAGGGGACAACUUCCCCGCAGGCUCAUUUGAUGCGGGUCGCCCAUGUGAUGCAACAGGUCAAUUCCUUGCUGAUGGAGCACCCCCCAUACCGCCACCAAGCAAAUUGCCUGAUGACUGGACUCCCUACCGAAAUCGCGUUGAGUUCGAGACCGCGGAAUUUCUGUACACGCGUAAUCAGAUGUCAGUGGGGAACAUUAAUAUCUUAUUGGAUCUUUGGGCUGCAACCCUUUUGAAACACAAUGACAAGCCACCGUUUGCGGACUCCCGUGAUUUAUAUAAGACCAUUGAUAGCACACUGGUAGGUGAUGUCAAAUGGCAAUCUUUCAAUGUCCGGUACACAGGGGAGAAGCCGGCACACAAUGUACCACCCUGGAUGACUGAAUCUCAUGAUGUCUGGUAUCGAGACCCCCAUGAUAUCAUUCGGAACAUGUUGGCAAACCCGGACUAUGAAAAGGAAAUGGACUACCGGCCCUACCGUGAGUUCUCGACUGAUGAUAACGAACAUCAAUGGCAAGACUUCAUGUCCGGUGACUGGGCUUGGAAUCAAGCAGAUAUCAUUUCCAAAGAUUCAGAUACAGCUGGCUCAACCUUUGUGCCAGUUAUUCUUGGCAGCGACAAAAUGACAGUUUCAGUGGCAACUGGCGCCAACGACUACUAUCCACUGUAUGUAUCGAUUGGAAAUGUUAGUAAUAAUGUCCGACGUGCACAUCGCGAUGCUGUUGCCAUCAUCGGUUUUCUAGCUAUGCCAAAGACUACCAAGGAGCAUGUGGCCUGCCCAAAAUAUCGCAAGUAUCGCCGGCAACUAUUCCAUUCAUCAAUCUCGAAGAUUCUCGAGAACCUCAGGCCUGGUAUGAUGAAACCAGAAGUUAUUAUGAGGAGCAGGUUCUUGGCAUGUAUAGUGCGCUCUUGGUGUCCAAGGUGCAUGUCACACCGCAAAAAUUUGGACACCAAGUCAUUGUAUCGCAAUCGCGACCAUGCAGAAGCACUCAUUGAAGAAGUAACAUCUAGUGAUCUGUGGGACGAGUAUGGUAUUGUUGCCGACCUUGUUCCGUUUACAAAUGAUUUUCCCCGAGGCAGUAUUCAUGAACUUAUCGCACCGGACGUCCUACACCAAUUGAUUAAAGGAACCUUCAAGGACCAUCUAGUUGAAUGGGUGGGACAAUAUCUGCACCAUGUGUAUGGCAAGAAAGGAGCAGAGAAGAUUAAAGAUGAUAUAGAUCGAAGAAUUGCUGUUGUUGCCUCAUUCUCGGGUCUUCAACAUUUUCCUCAAGCUCUUAUGAAGGUUUAUCUACCCGCCAUUGAAGGUUACGUCCCAAUGGAUGUGGUGCGCACAUUUCGUGCAUUUCUCAAAUUCUGCUAUUUCGUAUGGCGUAACAUCAUUACGGAAUCCACGCUGGUCCAGAUCCAGGAUGCUCUCAACCGAUUCCAUCAUUACAGGAAGAUUUUCGAGUCUACAGGUGUCGUAUUCACAUUCUCUCUCCCUCGACAACAUUCUUGUUCCCAUUAUGCCCUCCUUACAAAGCACAUUAAAGCUGUGAAGGAACCAUGGAGGCGUUCAAGUCGCUACCAAGCGCUUGGUCAAAUGCUGGUAACAAAUCAGCACCUUGACAAACUGGCAGCAUCAUGCAUCGAUUUCAAAAGCCGUGGGAUGCUGAACGGCACCUACCCCGAUGUCACUACCCAGGGUGACAAUGAAGAAGGCGAAAUCAUCGACGGCCCGAUGCUGGUCCAGGCCCAUGUUCAUACAGAACUCUCUACCCCCCGUCUCUACAACCUUCUCCGCCGAUUCCUAUUCGAACAAUUGCAUCCAGAUUACGAACCUUCUCCGUCUGACAUCCUGCUUGCAAGUUGUCCUCGAUUUGAUGGGAAAAUUCAAGUGUUCAACUCUGCAUCUUCGACAUUCUAUGCACCUAGCGACCGCAGCGGUAUCGAUGGCAUGCGCCGGGAGCAUAUACGUGCUUGUCCUCUUUGGAGAAACGAGGCACCACAAUACGAUUGUGUGUUUGUGAACACAAAUGCAGCUGUCGAAGGGAUGGGGGGGAUGGACAUAGGCCGUGUCAUGUGCUUUUUCUCUUUCACGUUUGAGGCAGUUUCCUAUCCAUGUGCUGUAGUGUGCUGGUUCGAGAAAGCCAGCGAUGGACCUGACGAGGACACUGGCAUGUGGAUUGUAAAACCUUCAUAUGAUACUGACCAUUCUCCACUAAUUGGAAUUAUCCAUAUCAAUUCCAUUUACCAGGCUGCACACCUCAUUCCAAUCUAUGGAACACAUCCCAUCCCAGAGAACCUCAAACACUAUGACUCAUAUGACGCCUUCCGCGCCUCUAUGUAA